GUCGAGUUGAACAACCCAAGAAUUUGCCCCCUUAGCUGAUUGUCGCCGAUCCGUAAAUGUUAGAAUGAAGAAACUGUUUAUCCGUACCUGGAUAUCCUUGUCCUCAGGUGAUCAGCCACCAGCGCAACUCUUUCUACCUUAUGUACCCCACCAACAACAGCACAAACACUGCCGUUCGCUGCUGCCUGUUAUAAACAUAGCCGGGCUACCAACUGCUGGUAGCGUUCGUCGCAAGUUGACGCAAUUUAAAUCAUAUUGUUAAUCGCCAGCUUCAGUCUUUUGCUUUUCCAGUGUCGCCAAAGCAUCAGCUAGCAACCAUAAUCAUCAGUCAUGUCCUAUCAAGGUUACCCCCCGUAUGGUGGCCAACCUCCGCCGCCUCAAAGCGCCUACUAUGGCCAACCGCCUCCACAAGGUCAAUACCCUCCUCCUGGACAAUAUCAUCCCCAGCAGUACCAUCAACCGCCUCCUGGACACUACCCACCUCCACAUCACGCCUAUCCCCAACAGCAACCGUACGGUCAACCCCCUCAAGGCUACGGGCAACCUCCUCCACAAGGGUUCGGCCCCCCACAACAUCAACAGUCCUAUCCGCCUCAAGGUCCCUAUGGACAGCAACCACCACAGCAGUAUGGCGCGCCGCCGCCUCAGCAACAAUUUUAUCCGCCGACACCACCUUCAUUAGGCUAUGGCCCACCACAGUCAAUAAAUUGGGAUCCCAAUCCCGACGCGGACGGGCUUCGCAAGGCGAUGAAGGGGUUUGGCACCGACGAAAAGGCCCUCAUCCGCAUCCUCGCCAACAAAGACCCGCUGCAGGUCGACGCCAUCCGAAUUGCAUUCCAUCGCAUGCACAACCGCGACCUGAUCAAAGACAUCAAGUCCGAGACCAGCAGGUACUUUGAGGACGGCCUGGUGGCUCUGGCGCAAGGCCCGCUAUUGCACGACGUCCACCUCCUGCGCAGCGCACUCUCGGGGCCAGGGACAAAGGAAAAGGUCCUCAACGAUGUCUUGCUGGGCAGGUCCAACGCCGACAUGCAUGCCAUCAAGCGCAAAUACAUGGAGGUGUUCCAGCGGCGACUCGAGGAAGACGUUCGCGGCGACUUGAGCAUGAAGACGGAGCGGCAUUUUGACAUGGUGAUGCAGGCUACGAGGGCGGAGGACUCGGCACCUGUCGACCCGGGCGCGACGCAGCGCGACGUGCAGACAUUGUACGAUGCAACCGAGGGCAAGAUUGGAGCAGAUCAAAUCGUGGUAUGCAGCAUCAUGAGCAUGAGGAACGAUAAUCAGAUCCGUGAUAUUGCCGUUCAAUACCAGACCAAGUAUGGACGCAGCUUGGAGGAGGUGUUUCGCAAGGAGUUCUCCGGCCAUAUGGAAGAUGCGCUGCUGUUCCAGCUGCGCCACGCACUGGACAAAUACAUGCACCAAGCAGCGCUUCUCGAAGACGCCAUGGCUGGCCUAGGCACCAAGGACCAUUUACUAGUUGCACGUGUGGUUCGCUCACACUGGGACCGUCAGAACCUGGCCAACGUCAAAAUCGCAUACGAGAAGCGGUACAGAACAUCUUUGGCAAAGAGAAUCAAGGGCGAGACGAGCGGCGACUACCAGCGUCUUAUGCUGGCCUGCAUUGGCGAAGGCAGUGUGUGAUGGGUUGUAGUGCCGUACGUCUGACGGUCAGUGAAAACCAAGAGCUCCAUGAUUGCAGGAGCAAAAAAGCGGAUUUGGGUUGCCGGUAGGAAAUCCCGGUUCAGGAGCAUGUGACUGUUUCGUCGAUCUUAUUCUUACGAUUCAAGUUUCAGCUUCACCCUUGUCUCUUUUCUGCUAAAGUAUUCCUUCCGUAUAGUGGAUUUUCAAGGGGUUAAUACAAAGGGGGCACGGGUCUUUUGCGAAGGUGGGGAUCCAAGUAUUACCUGUAUGUAGCGCUUUACGACGGAUAGUAUUUAAUUUUAACGACAACACUAGCCAACAAUAAGAAGAAUCCAC